AUGGUGGGGCGUGUAACCAGUCCAUGUACUGUUGGCGACGCUCCUAUACAUCAUAUGUCAGCACUUCAUCGACCAGACGUCCAUAACAAUAUCCAAGAGAUUUCACGUCAAGCUCAACUUGGGAGACAAAUGGCAGAAAGCUCCGAAGAGGAAGAUUCAGACGACGAAGAAGAGACGCAGAUUCCUGUCGAUGACCAGGUGACGCAAGAAUUGCCGGCGACAGAGCGAGGCUUAAGCCCUCCUCCGAUACAAAGACGCUCUUCGCCAUCUUCGCCGCCAUUACCGAUGGCUGAAGCAUUGACUUCCUCGCCCACGGGCCCUGCAGCAGCCACUUUGUCGCCAUCUGCUGACGUAGAGUCAACAACUCCUUUGUCCAAUGACGACGAAGACUCGAGAUCCGAGACGUCGUCCGAGAUGAGUUUGAGGUCUAAUCGACCAGUAAGAAGGCGUGGAUCUAAGAAGCGAGUGUCAAUGGCAUGUUCAGACCAUCAAAAUUUAUCUGUAAGGAUGAAAAAGGCGGUCAUUGGUGAAGGAGACGAGAGCUUUGGGGAAUCAAUGAUUGGUGCAGAUGUCGUGCUUUGUGUCAAAAGUACUGACAAUUAUCGAGAGGGAAAUGGAAGUAUGAUUGAUGCAAAGAAUGGGAGCAAAGCAGGAGAAGUCCGACGCUUUUUUGCCCAUAGAUUUAUUUUGGCGGCUAGUUCGCCUCCAUUUCGUGCAAUGUUGACAGGAAACAUGCGUGAGUCGUCGUUAAGAGAUGUGGUGUUACAUGAUAUUGAGCCGAAUACCGUGGAAAAGAUGCUGCACUUUAUGUAUACGGGAGACGUGGUGUUAAAUCUAGAAAGUGUGCUUGGAUUGCUAAUAGCAGCGGAGAUGUAUGAAUUGGUAGCACUUCGAGAAAUGUGCAAGGAUUUUGUACUGAGAUAUGCUCAUGAAGUAUUCUGCGACCCACAAAUUGUUCAACUACCAGAGAAAAUACUGCUGGAAUUAAUUCCACAAGACGAGCUGCAGAUCCGAGAGCUGGCACUCAUGGAAGCACUUGUGAUGUGGGGCGAGUCUCGAGUUGCUUAUGCUGAAAAAUCUUUGGGCGACUUAUUGGCGGAAAUGAUGGAGCUCGUACGCUUUCCGACCAUGAGUGUUAGUGAUCUGUAUGGCAAAGUACGUCCAUUGGUGAACGACGGGGUCAUUCGCGAACACCUCUUGACAGAGGCGCUUUUUAAUCAUUUGAAGUGGGGGUCGCAGACUGGCAUUGCAGCAAAGCGUGCUAAGCCACGAGCACUUACAGCCUCGUUGCGCAAACGCAAGCGGGUAUCAUUUACCCAACACGUGACAUUCGAGACAACGUUGCAACGACCUGUGGCAUAG